GAGCAUGUUAACGAAUAUCUCGUGGGCCGUUUUGAGCCAAUGACUUAUUAUUAUGUGCAACGUGAAAUGCGGGAUGGGAUUUCCCUUCCACCACGCCAACAUGCCGCACACCCCCUUUUGGAAGCCGACAGUACCCUCUCCGGACCGGGAUCCGGUGUUGGCGGCUCUGCUCCAAGUAACCAGCUCAGUACGCCGCCGAUCAAGGUAAGACGCUUUGAAGGGUCGCAAGGACGCGCAUGUGCUUGGCCUUGUUAAACUAGUUGCAGAGCGUGUUAUAUUAUGAUUCCGGUAGGCGUUCGUUGACUGGAACUCUACUGGAAGAACGAGCAGCAAACCCACCUAGGCUAGGUGCACAUAUCGGCGGCCCGCAAGCUACCGGCAAACAACAGCUAAGAGGUCUGUUAUCGGCCACUCUGCAUGGGAGAAACAACAAGCAUUGCCACGCCCACCUACCAUCCACCAACUGGGUGGCCGGUGCUAACAUGAGCGCCUCUGUACAUGCCCCCAUGUACUUCCUUCAAUCAUCUCCAACCUACGAGACAGUCAAACCAUACAGCCUUCGGUUUCCUCCUGGGGAUGGCCUUGAGCAGUCCAACGUCCUCUCCGAGACACACCUGAUCCAGGUGGACAGUAUGAGAGAUAGGCCCGAUCUCGAGCUCGAGACUUGCGGGUUUGAGGUGAUGCCCUUCGACUCUCCGCUCUCGUACGAGGACUUUGCGGACGCCCACAAGAUUGCCCAUGUCCUGUUACCUGCGAUGUGCCGGAAGCUCAAACAGCACUUGAGUGCUCGACACGUUGUUGCGCUCGACUUUUCAGUUCGCCGUCGACAUGCAGGGUUUCCGGUCUCGACUGGAGACGAUUACGACCACGACCAGCCUACCACAAUGGCACAUAUUGACUUUACGAUAGAAGAAGGAGAGAGGAUGCUGAGGGUCAUGUAUCCUGACAAAGCUGACGAGAUCAUCGCGGGUGGCUGGAAGUUGAUCAACACCUGGCACCCACUUCGGGGGCCCCUGAACGACUGGCCUCUGGCCAUCUGUGACGCACGCACGGUGAACCGCGAAGUCGACUUAAUGCCCGGCGACAUUGUGUACACAGAAUGGGCGACCGAGAACUUGCAAGUUCACUACAGCCACAGGUACAAAUGGUACUACUUGCCUGACCAGACGGUUGACGAGGUGCUCAUCUUCAAGAGCGGGGAAUCGUCCCCAGCCAAACCUCAAGCGGUGCCGCACGGAAGCUUCUGUAACCCGCGCGUCAAGGCCAGCGAGCACCCACGGGAGAGCAUUGACUCGAGAUUUUUCGUCUUCUACGCGCCGCUCGAGGAAUACCCCAGGGUGGAGGGCAACGUAUUUUCGCAGCGGACACACUGAUUUCGUCUGUUUUCAUCUGUUACACCUGGGUCUUAGCUUAGGUACCGUAGUGUCGGAAGUUUAAAUGAUUGCAGUCAGUGGUAUUUAUGCUUGGAUGGGCUUGUACAGUACUGGAUCCAAUCUGGCCGGUCUGAUAUGCGCGACAUACUUAUUGUGAUCUGUGUAACUGGCCUGCCGAAUCGAAACCACUGCAGAGCAGCCCAACCCC